GAUCUGCUUCUAUUGGUGCGAGAAACAUGGCGUCAGCUUUCUAUCAUCUCUCACUUUCCUUUUGGUCCCUUUCUUGAUUUCUCUGAAGCUUCUUAACGAAUUAAUAUAUAGGUCAUGAAUGAAUCAAGAAGAAUCAGAUUUAGUUUCUUCAUCAUCAUCAUCAUCUUGAUCUCUGGGGGGAUUUUACCGGUAUCUUCAGAUGAUGAUGGUGUGGCCAAGAAAGAAGAGAAUCCGUCACUUGUAAAGAUCAUAUGUGGGAUCUUUGGCAAGAAAUUUCCUCCUAGCUCUUGGGAAUUGAUUCAAGGAGCAAUGCAGAAGAUCCAAACGAAGCUUUACCCUCCAAAUAUAGAUUUCAGAAGCAACAGCGACAAAAACACCAAGGACAAAGAAGGAGAAGACAAAGUAGAGAAAGUGAAAGAAGCGGCCACAAGGAGCCUUGAAUUAAGCAAGGAAGCCAUUGAAGAAUCAGCGAAACUAGCAGGAGGUGUUGUAGGAGAAGCAGUUCACAAAACAGCUGAGAAAGUUACUAAACAAACCUCACAUGAUGAAAUGUAAAUGUAACCCACCAAAGAUUUGCUCAUAAUGUUAUUUAACUUACAAAAAAAAAUUAAGAUUCAAAAGGAACCAAUCAUAGCGUUCAGACUCAAACUUAAACAACACAAAAGAGAGAUUCAAACUCUUAAAAAACAUAUCAAGAAGAGCGAGAAGAAGAAGAAGAGAGCUUAAGACACUCACUCUGACACCUCCUAAGACAAAUGUCAUUCCAGUUAGCAACUUGGUGCUGGUUGACACAGACGGUUCGAGCACAAGCAUCAGAGCAAGCGUCAAGCUCAGAUACGCCGCAGA